AUGGCUCUCAGACCCAUCGAUAACGCUCUUCCAACAACCCCAGAGAGACCCAGAAAACAACCCAAGAUCGCCGUUGCAACCCAAAAACCACAAGACCGUGCUCUGAAUGAUGAAAACAAAGUUCCAUUGCCCUCUUCUAGUGAUACCGCCAUUGAUUAUAUCUCCUCCGACAACCUUAAACCCAUGUCGGACCCUGAAGUUAAGAUUCAGAGCUUGAUUGAAGAUUUGGAUUCAAAAAAUUGGACCAAGGUCUGUGAGUCACUGAAUGAUGCUAGGCGUUUCGCAUUGUACCACUCUUCUCUUCUAUUCCCCAUCUUGGGAAAAAUUGUGCUGGUGGUGGCAAAGACAAUGAAGAACCCUCGGAGUGCUCUGUGCAAAACUUCUAUCAUGGCUGCUUCUGAUAUUUUCAAUGCCUUUGGUGACAAGUUGCUUGACCCCUCCACCUCUGAUGCAUUUGAUGGCUUGCUGCUGCAGCUUCUGCUGAAAGCAUCUCAAGAUAAAAGGUUUGUGUGUGAAGAAGCUGAUAGAGCUCUUGGCUCAAUGGUGGGUUCCAUGACCCCCCUUCCACUGCUUCAGAAACUAAGGCUCUAUGUGAGUCACACUAACCUAAGAGUCAGGGCUAAGGCUGCAAUUUCUCUCUCCAACUGUGUCUCCAAGAUGGGGCUUAAAGAAAUGGAGGAGUUUGGGUUGACUGAGCUGAUAGAAGUGGCAGUGGAUUUACUGAAUGAUAGACUUCCAGAGGCAAGAGAUGCAGCUAGAAGUAUUGCAACUUCCAUGUAUGAGGCACUCACUAAGGAUGUGGAACAGAAGAUGGAGUUUUGGCAGAGCUUCUGCCAAUCCAAGUUACCACCAAUUCAUGCUAUUUCAAUUUUGAAGAUAGUUAAGCCUUAG